AUGUCGGCGGAGGCUGUCGCAAAUGCCCUCUUAAACGGAUGGAUCUCUCACUAUGGUGUUCCACGCGUUAUCACAACGGAUCAAGGUAGGCAGUUUGAAUCCGCUUUGUUCAGGCAAUUAUCAAAAAUUCUUGGAUUCAACACGAAUGGCAUGAUCGAACGUUUUCGCACGCUUAAAGCUGCGAACAUGUGCAGAAACGAUGCCAGUUGGUCCAAUUCACUUCCUCUCAUUAUGCUUGGCCUCCGCGCUUCACACAAGCCAGAUUUAAACGCCUCGCCGGCCGAGCUCGUUUACGGUACAACCUUGCGUCUCCCCGGUGAUUUUUUUGAGUAUUCCAAAGAACCUGAGUAUUCGACCGAAUUCGUGAGCGGAUUGAGGAGUACCAUUGAGCAGUUACGUCCGAUCGCGUCGUCCAACCAUGCCAACAUUAAAAGCUACAUUCAGAGUGGGCUUGCCAACUGCACUCACGUUUUCUUACGCGACGAUUCAGUUCGCAAAUCGUUAAAACGUCCCUAUGACGGGCCUUACAAAAUCAUUAAACGUGGGGAUAAGACCCUUGGCAUUGACAUUCGAGGCAGAUCGGUGACGGUAACCACAGAUAGAGUCAAGGCUGCAUGCUUAGACUCAAAUUUUAUUAACCAAACUUUUCCUCCUAGUAUUAAUAGAAAUCAAGAGGCUCAACCAACAAUUACUCAUAAGCAAAAUGUACAACCAUUAGAUUUAAGUUACGAAAAACAACCUAUUAGUAAUAAGAAUGGGGAUGCCACACAUCCAAUGGCCACCAAAACCACUCGCGCUGGCAGACAGAUUGUAAGACCACAGCGCUUGUUUCUUUUGUAUCGUGAUCGGUUUGUUACUGGUGGGGGAGUGAUGUGGGGCAUUGCCUGUAAUUGCAUGUACGCACUGUACAACGCGUUGAUACAACAAUCGCAGCGUGUGUGCUGGUCGUAG